GUCGAUGCUAGUGGAUGGUUUCUCAGUUUGGAACUGACUGCCUUUAAAGUUAACUAAAGUCACAAUAAUGGUGUCGCCUUUUUUAAUAGUAGCGCUUGGGUGUAUGGUCAUAUACUACGCGUAUCAAUAUGUAACUUAUAGACCGAAAAAUUUCCCUCCCGGACCACCGCGUAUUCCGUUUUUCGGAUCGUAUCUAUUUCUCCUCCUCGUCAAUUUUAAGUCCACGCAUUCAGCUGCGCUUCGGUUCAGCAAGUGGUAUAAAUCAAAAGUGCUUGGUUUUUAUUUAGGACCUUAUCCAACUGUGGUGGUACACUCACAAGAGGGAGUGAAGGAGGUCCUUUCGCGACCAGAAUUCGAUGGACGUCCUGAUUUAUUUGCGAGUCGAUUACGCGAACCGAAUUUCAACAGAAAAGGCAUUUUCUUCAAUGAUGGGCCCGUAUGGAAAGUACAGAGGCGAUUCCUCUUACGAUAUCUUCGAGAUUUUGGAUUUGGUCGUCGCUUCGAUGAACUUGAGAUCUUCAUCAAUGAUGAAUUGCUGGAACUUCUAGGCGUUAUGAAAACAGGACCUCAAUAUCCACACGAACACCAAUUUUUCCGAAAAAAUCAGGCUUUAUGUCCUUACUUUUUGGCACCUGUGCUCGUGAACGCAUUUCUGAAAGUUUUUUGCAACGAGAAAAUACCCCGAGCAGAUCAAGAAGCUGCGGGAGAUUUAGCGAUGGCUGCCCAAAAAUUCCAGCGUACAGGAGAUGACUAUGGAAGAUUAAUCAGUCUCCUUCCAUGGAUUCGGCAUUUUUUUCCAAAAGCUAGCGGUUAUAAGGAUCUUUCUAAGUCCAAUGCUAUUAUUUAUAAAUUUGUGAAAAACAUUAUCGAUAGACAUGAAAAAACAUAUGAAAAUGGCCACAUCCGGAACUUCAUUGAUAUGUAUUUAGAGGAACUGCAACGUGAAGAAGGAAAAAUUGAUACCACUUUUGCCAUCGAUCAGUUUAUCAUGAGCAUUGUGGACUUUAUAAUGCCAGCAGUAUCAGGAAUUUCCACACAGUUAUCGUUUUUGUUCCAGUGGUUUUUACUCAAACCAGAAAUUCUAAAACGGAUUCAAGCAGAAAUUGACGAGGUCGUUGGAAGCGGACGUCUACCUACCCUAGACGAUCGACAACAUUUACAUUAUACUGAAGCCACGCUUAGGGAAUGUUUAAGACAGGAAACCUUGGUGCCAUCUAACAUUCCGCAUAGAGCGUUAGUUGAUACCGAGCUUUUGGGAUACUUCAUCCCUGCCGACACUGUAGUGUACACCGGCCUUUACGGAUUUCAUAACGACAAGGACAUUUGGGGCGAUCCUGAGCAAUUUCGACCAGAAAGGUUUUUAGAUUACGAAGGCCAUUUUUCAAUCAAGAAGGACAUAUCGCUUCCAUUCGGAGCUGGUAAACGGUUAUGUGCUGGCGAAACAUUUGCUAGAAAUAUGCUUUUCUUAACAGCUACUGCAAUAUGUCAAAAUUUCAACAUCGUUCGGGGCAAAGGCGAAAGAUUACCGGAUGACAGAAAAGUUACCUGUGGUAUCAUAAGAUCGCCCCCAGAUUAUUGGCUUCAUUACGAAAUUCGUGAGAAUCAUUGAAAAAAGCAUUGGGGACUGUACUGCUGCAAUUUCAAUUGUUUUAUUUUAGGGAUACACUUUGUAAACUGGUAAUGCUAAUAAUAGGUUUCGUUUGUUAAAUGAAUGCUUAUUCAGGCUCAAAAGAAAAAGGGAAAGCUAAAAAUUUUUAAUUUAAAUCAGUAUUAUGAACAGGUUUACAGCAUAUGACAUUAAAAUUCUUAAUGUACAGUCCAUCAAUACAUACAGAAGUAGUACUCUUUUAUAGCAAUAAAAUUAAUAAACAUUAUUAAAGUUUAA